AUGGCUUCCAAUCAGGCCACCGUCAGCGACGAGCUCGAGAACUCUUUUUGUCUUGCUGACUCUCCCGGACAACUUCCUGAGUCUCUCCAGCAGCUCUUGGAGUCUUCCCAUCCGCCCUUUGAGUCCCUUCAGCAGUCCCCCCAGUCUAGCCAGCAGUUCCUUGAUGCUCCCGAGCUUCCUGAGGCCGCCCAUUGCCCUGAGUCUCUCAAGCAAUCUGCCGAGGUAGCCGAGCCCAUCUGCAUCAUCACCAAAGCCGCCACCAAGACCUACCACAAGCGCCAGAAACCCGUUCGCCAGACCCGUAAGCAGAAAUUCGUCGCCGCCAAGAAUCGCCACGGCGAGGCCGCCCGCGAGCGCAAGAACGGCACUCGCUUCCACGUCACGCCCCUGAUGACGUCCCCAACAGGCCUGAAGCAAAAGUUCCCGCCCACCUUCAACGAGGACUACGCCGUCGGUCUCUGGGACGCUGACCGCAACCCCCGCAAGCUGGGCUUCAGCAACAAGAACUGGCGCGUCUAUCUGUCCAGCAUGCCCCUCAUCAAGCUCCGCAAGGAGAAGGAGGCCGAGGAGGAGGCCGAGAAGCAAUUGGAGGCGGCCGAGGAGGAGGCCAGAAUGCAUGAGUUCGCUGUCACUCUUCUUGGUCUUUAG